AUGUCAGCUGCUCAGUCCACCGCCACCAACAGGAUGAGCACUCCCGAGGCCUCCAACACCCACGCUGCCAGCAACCGAAUGAGCACGCCCGACGCUUCCAACGUCUCCUCUUUGCGUCCUCCAUCCUCCCGCGCCAUUGGCUCCGGCUCUCACCUCCGUGCAUCCGCCGAUGUCGCUGCAUUGACCGGCUCGGCCGCGCGCGGCGGCAACGCCCGCCCGUCCUCGGACUUCUACCACGGCCAAGGAAACUCAGAUAUUGAUCCACAAGACAAGCUUGCCCAACAGUGGAUUGCUGAUAUUGAUCAGUAUGAGACUACCCUGGAAGAGAUGGCCGCCGCCACGUUGGAUCAAGAUUUCAAGGACGAGCUCAGUGCCAUCGAGCAAUGGUUUAGGGUACUUAGCGAGGCCGAGCGGACUGCUGCGCUUUACGCAUUGUUGCAGCAGACGACUCAGGUCCAAAUCCGCUUCUUCAUUCAGGUCUUGCAACAGAUGGGAAAGAACCAUCCAAUGUCAGGAGUUCUGUCACCCGCCAACUUUGAUAAGGAUCCCAUGUCAAACCGUCUCAGCGACGCCAUGAACAAACUAAGCGUCGACUCUGCUCGCAAUUCGAUUGCACGGGGCCCCGCGUCGCAAGGUGCUAAACGCCAGUCCGGCCUUGACCCUUCGACCAUCAACAUGAUGUUCCCAGAUGCCGCCGCCGCCAUUGCGACUGAGAAGGCCAAGUUUACGCAACAGACAGGAAACCAGCCUCCGUCGAACCGCAACAGCACCGCUGUCGACAACCGCAACUCCCUGGCUGGUGCUUCCGAGGGCAACGAUGCCAAUGGUCAGCAUCCCUCGUCUCCCUGGGGCAGUGGCGAUGCGGCUCGGGCCAAACCCGCUCCGGGUCAGGCUCCCAUGGGCCAGUUUGCUGCACCCUCCAUCGGUGCUGGCUUGCGCUCCCCUCGUCCCGCUCAGCUAGGUGGCAACUCGCAGAUCCAGAACACAACUCUGACCGCUUCUGACAAGCCUGGCGGUGAGCUUGGCGUCGCAUCCCCCUUUGGUGGACCUAGUGGCGGUAACUGGGCCUCCAUGGUCAACACGCCGAUGGCAGCGAACUUCCCGCAGCAGCCGGGUGGCCAGGCAGACAUGCUCGCAAACGCCACUGCCAUGAAGUUGGCUGCCAUGUCUACGGUUAACAACCGAUUCGCCUUGGACGAUGUGCGGAAGUACCGCCGGACCCGCUCCAACGACAACUCGGCGCAGAACCCCAUGUCGCCAGGUAUAAUCCCAUCCACCAACGUCGUGAUGGUCGAUGAGCACGGCAGGGUCCUUAGCCGUGAUCAGCUCUUGACUAUGCAGGGGCUGCAGGGUCAGCAGCAAAUGUCCUUCACGAACCGCUCGCGCCCCAACUCUCCAGGAAUUGCUCUACAGCAGGCCGCCGCUGGCUUUGGAGGCAUGGCCUUCACGUCUCCUCAGAGCAACAACUUCAUGCUUGGAAACGCCCUGAACCCCAUGAGCGGCGGUCUUGCCCCGGUAGGCAUGGGUCAAUUUGGCAUGGGUGGCUUGGCCCCGGAAGGCUACUUGUCUGACCACUCAGACAUGAACCGCGGACGCUCUCCCCGUGGUCGUAGGGGAAGCUCGAAGCCUCCGGAAGACCCUACCGACCCCACCCUGCUCCAGGACAUUCCCGCUUGGCUUCGCAGUCUGCGUCUCCAUAAGUACACUGACAACCUUAAGGACAUGCGCUGGGUCGAUCUCAUCGAGCUUGAUGACAAGCAGCUCGAAGAGCGCGGUGUCAAUGCACUGGGAGCUCGCCGGAAGAUGUUGAAGGUCUUUGAGCAAGUCAAGGAAGCCAAGACUGAAGGACGUCUAUCUACUUAA